GCGCCCCUCCAAUGCUUCAGUUCAAGAUUCGCCCUCGACUCCCAUUCGCUUUCCUGUCACAAAUUGUUGCUGAACGAGAGAGCGAAAAGCGUACUACGCCAUCUCGAAUUUUUCGCAAGGGUGCUCAGUGCUCACACUCUCUCUCUCUCUCUCUGCCGCCAUUCAUACGGAUUUUAUUAGGCUGUUUGGUAAUAUAUCAUGAACAGAAAUUUCAACUUCGUCAUGCAUCAUCCAUUUUUUGUUAGUUUAAUGAAGCCUUAAGAGUGUCCUUCGUGUUCUUGAGCAUUGAUGAGUGAGGGUUGAUGGAGACUUGGAAGUGACGAAGCACAAACUGUUCCUAUUGAAGACUUUUUGCAUUGAAUAUUUUGUAUAAGUAGUUAAUUUUUUUUUGACAUUGUGGGUCAUGGAUCACUUGAGAUUUUUUUUUUGGUAAACCUACGAAAUAUAAGCAUUUUCUUGGUUCUGAUUUGAACCCACAAGUUGUUUUGAGGAUAAUUGUCCCUUGGAAGUCAUAUUGGGGCAUGAAAGUUCCCUAUUCAUAUUUUUGGGUGAAAAGAUUAAUAUGUUAAGGAAUGAAACUGUCUGUAACUUGUAUAUUUUGGGGUCAAUUGUCAUUCAAAAUCUAUUGUUCUAAAAAUCUCAUUCAUCGACACGCUAAAUUAGAGAAUGAUUGUAUAAAAUUAGGGAUAAUUUGUCCCCUUAGCUUAAAAUUUUGAGAACGUAUAAUAUUAUAAACCUACAAAAGUUUUGGGCACGAUCUGCUAAAUACCUUCAGGUACAGGGAAGGGGAAUGGCUCCUUCUUUCUCUAAACCCCGAUGGUCCUCAAGUUGACAAUCACCUAUAGUUUUAGGGGAAUGAGGUGUUUUUAGAACUGGGGACAUACAAUUCGGAUUGCCUGCUUAUAUCGUUAUUUACUGUUUCUUUUUUCUAUAAUGCUGUUACCUUAGUUAUUUUGUGUUUAUAUGCCGAGAAUUAUUAAAUAUAAGUCUUCUUGAGCAUCUGUCAUUGGUAGCUAGGAUUGUUAUCAACUCACAAAUAACAUAUUCAAAUACUUAAGAAAAAGGAAUGGAGUACUGCACAUUCAAGGGAACUUAGGUCGUUGGGGGAAGCCUAACGUGCUAUAAGACGAUCCAUUCUAACAAUUGGGAGUGAAGCAUUUGAUUUGCAUUAUAACUCUUUCCCUAAUUUUUUUUUUUUUUAUUCUAUUUCAUUCAUAUCGUAUGGGGCAUGAUAAUUUUAUUAGCACUAUCAUUUUUAAUAUUCCUUUUCUCUUUGUACUCUGGCAAAUCAAUUUUUUUGCUAGUUAUAUUUAAUUUUUUUUUUUCUUUAAAAAGAAAGGAGUAAUUGGCCAAGUAUUCGUGACCAUGAUUCAUGCCUUAUGUCACUUCCCGGAAAAUGAAUGGCAAGCGGCUAAGCGCGUUGACCAGUUCAAGCAGCGGAGACUUGUAUGUGGAAGACUCGCCGUGUGCGUGGUAUUCCCGCCACUGGGUCUCCGCCUGCCGUUUGGAACGGUCCAGUCGUCUUCUUCUUCCUAUGAAGCCCUCAGCACUCCCCCCCUAAACUACGAAAAUGCCCCUGAGCUUGGUAUUCCUUCAUGCUGCCAAAUCUCCACCCCAGCUCGUCAAACGAGAUAAAGAAAUGGCCGGACAUUGACUUUUGUAGUUUUGUAUGAAUAGCAAGGGUAGUUCGGUGAAAAAAUAUUCAAUGGCCCAUCUUCCACAUUCCUCCUCGCAGUCCAUUUUAAUCGUCUCCUAAUCUCCCCAUUCCCAAAUCUACAUACUCCAUAUAAUCUUCCAUUUUUCCUCAGCCCUCAUCACCUCCAUUUCCAAACCAUGGACAUAGAACAAGAAGAGCUGCAGUUCCUAGGCCUGUUUGGCAUCUGCAAAGAGGCCUACAAGAUCAUCACCUCAUGGAGAAAGCUUUUCUGCCAAAUCACUCUUUCCCUCAUCUUCCCACUCUCCUUCAUCUUCUUGGCUCAUGUCGAGGUAUCAAACACCCUCUUCCGUAAAAUUAACCGCAGCGAGAUCGAGCUAGACAAAACUGCCUUCGGCACCCCCAAAUACGACAAGCUUUCUGACCUCCUCUCGUCAGAGUGGACCGCCCUCUUGCUCUUCAAGGCUGCCUACUUCACCUUCUUCCUCAUCUUCUCCCUCCUCUCCACCGCUGCUGUGGUUUACGCCAUCGCAUGUAUCUACACCGCCCGGGACCUCACCUUCAGGAAGGUCAUGAGCGUCGUCCCGAGGGUUUGGAAGCGGCUGAUGGCCACUUUCAUGUGCCUGUUCAUCGCGCUCUUCACGUACCAUGUCGUCGCCGUGAUCGUUUUUGUCGUGUGGAUCUUCUUCGUAGGACCUUCCAGGCUCGGCAUGUCCAGUCUGGUGGUGUUUUUGAUUGUCUACUUUGUAGGGUUUCUGUACAUGAGCAUCAUCUGGCAGCUGGCGAGUGUCGUGUCAGUGCUCGAGGAGGCGUAUGGGGCUCAAGCAUUGAUCAAGAGUAGGAGAUUGGUAAAAGGGAAGAUGAGGUUGGCAGCAGCCAUCUUCUUGAAGUUGAAUUUUGUUUCUGCGGUGCUCAUGCAAAUAGGGUUUCAGAGGCUAGUGGUGAAUGGGGAGUGGGCGGGCGUGGUGGGUAGGGUGGCAUAUGCAGUUUUAUGCUUCCUGCUGCUUAGCAUGCUCUUCCUUUACGGGCUGGUGAUCCAAACGAUUCUGUACUUCAUCUGCAAGUCCUACCACCAUGAAAGUAUCGACAAGUCGGCGCUAUCGGACCACCUUGAGGUUUAUGGGGGAGAGUAUGUUCCUUUGAAGGGAAAGGAUGUUCAGCUGGAGCAAUUUUAUGUUUGAUCAUCCAAACAAUAUGUUUCACUAGAUGUCUAUCUAGCCAGCUGUUCUGAAGUCCAUGAUCAUCUUAUCAUAUAUCGAUUAUAUACUGUGGAAAUUAAACUGCGUUGAUAAAUUGACGUGCUUGAGCAAAUGAGUCUUUUUAGUGCUUUGUGAAUGUUUCGACUCUAUGUAUUUGUAUGAAGGGUGGGAUUUGUGGGUAUGAAGGUCCAUUUGUACUUUUUACUUUUUUCGUUUGGUAUAUUAGAAUGGAAUGAAUCGGCAGUGGAAUAUAAUGAAAAAUUCUAUAA